AUGAACAACAAACAAUUGACCGCCAAUAAGUAUUUUCCAAUUGGGUGGCUGGCUGCAAAAGGUGUGGUGGAUAUUAUUAAAAGUACAUUGGAGAACUCUAUCUCUUUUGGCUUUGUUGAUUUUCAACUCCCUAAAAAGCUUUUAAGAGUCGAGCACAAGCUUAUUGUUUGGUGGAGUGAUAAGAGAUAUCAUGUGAAACAUAAAAUUGAUCACGCUGUAAAGUGUUUAGCCGAUUUGGAUGCUUGCGUCCAGAUCUCAAGAGUUCUCUUUGAGGAGCAGAUGGUGGAGAGAUGCUCUAAAUCAAUUGAAUUACAGGAGCUUCGCAGGAUCGAGAGACGUCAGAAUGAUAUCUCUAAGCUUUUGAUUAAUGGAACUGAUCCUAAGGAUGACAAUGAGAUGGCUGAUGCGGUGGUUAACCACUUCAAAAAAGCUUUUACAACGGAGGUGGAGGUUACCCCACGGUUAGCCAGAGUGGGUUUUAAGCGUAUGUCGGCUUGUAUGGUAGCUUUGCUUGAGAAGGAAGUGUCCAUGGAAGAAGUGAAGAAAGCAGUUUUUGCCCUCCCUGAUGAUAAGGCACCGGGCCCUGAUGGGGGGGUUAAUUCCUCCUAUAUAGCGCUUAUUCGUAAAAAAUCAGUUAUUGCAAGCCUUGGUGAUAUAAGACCCAUUAGUUUGCUUUCAAUCAUUUAUAAAAUUAUUGCCAAAGUGUUAGAGAAACGACUUAAAAUAGUCCUACCUGACACCAUCACAGGCCCUCAGUCUGUAUUCAUCAAUGAUAGAUUGAUAAUUGACAAUGUCCUGGUUGCUCAGGAGUGCAUUCAUUCCAAAAUUCUGAGUGGUGAAGCAGGGGUAGUGAUUAAAUUGGAUAUAGAAAAAGCUUAUGAUAUGGUUAGGCCUGAUCAAUUGGCUAAUAUUGCAACCUUCCUGAGCUUCUGUGAAGUGGCGUUGGGGCUCAAGGUUAAUUUUGAUAAGUCUAUUGUGGUAGGUAUUAAUUGUGGUGAGACUUUGCUUUCGGAGAUUGCUGCGAAGAUGGGCUGUAAGGUGGAAAGCUUCCCAAUUAUGUAUUUGGGACCAAUAUCAGGCGGUCGAUUACCUUUGGUUGUUUGGGAUAAAAUUCCAACUAGGGUGGCCAAGAAAUUUCUCUGGGAUUCAUUUGAAAAUUCAAAAAAGCUCUAUCUUUUGCAUUGGGAUAGAGUUUACACACCUAGGAAGGAGGGUGGAUUAGGUAUAAGAAGAAUCAAACUGGUUACCAGGCUCUACUUUGUAAAUGGUGGUGGAGAAGCCUGA